UUCGUGAACGACACGAUCCGACUCUCCCGCUCUCUCUCCUCUCUCCUCUUCCCCCUCCUCGUUUGCUCCCUCCCUACCUCCCUCCCCCUGCAUCGUUUGCCCAUUGCUUCCGCGGUUGCUCGAAGAUCAUACCGGCUCCCCGGCGGAUCGAUGGACCUGCAGGACCUCCAUAAUCUAAUCGCCGGUAAGCCCGGCUUCUCCGCCGUCUCUGCCGUAUCCGACCAUGCGCAUUUCCUGGGCCAACACCACAGCAGCUUCAUCGCCGCGCCCGGUCCCGACCAGCAGUACGGGAUGCUCGUGGCGGCCAGUCGCGGCGGCGAAGUUGAUCUUCCGCCGCCACCCCCGCCUCCCCCGCUGCCGCCACCGGGAAUGGAAAGCUUUGGGUUCUACGAGACGGCUUUCGGUGGUGGCGGGGGUCAAGGGCGGUGGCCGAGACAGGAAACGCUGACCCUGUUGGAGGUGAGAUCCCGGCUGGACUCCAGGUUCAGGGAAGCUGCCCACAAGGGUCCGCUGUGGGAUGAGGUCUCCAGGAUCAUGGCAGAGGAGCAUGGAUACCAUAGGAGCGGGAAGAAAUGCAGGGAGAAGCUGGAGAACUUGUACAAGUACUACAAGAAGACCAAGGAAGGGAAGGCAGGGAGGCAGGAUGGGAAGCACUAUAGGUUCUUCAGGCAAUUGGAGGCUCUCUACGGAGGGAGCAGUAGCGCCACCGCCGAGAUCAUUCAACCAUGCUCUAAACCUACCUAUGCUUCCGCUCUACCGUCAAACCGAGAAGCCUUGCAGGUUUCCAGGUUCUCUGGGAACGUCAGCUUGUCGAGUUCUAGUGAAUUCGAUGGGACCUCAUCGACCGGAGAAGAGGGAGAACAGGAGGACGGAAGUAUGAGGAGAGCAAAGACGGGAAGAAAGAGUUGGAAGUCGAAGGUGGAGGAGUUGGUCGACGAGCAGAUCAAGAGGUUCAUAGAGGUGCAAGAGACGUGGAUGAACCAGAUGCUGAGGACACUGGAGCACAUGGAACAGGCGAGGAUCUCCCGGGAGGAAGACUGGAGAAGGCAGGAAGCGGAGCGGGUCGACCGAGAGUACGGCCUCUGGGCCAGCGAGCGAGCGUGGAUGGAGGCGCGCGACGCCGCCAUUAUACAGGCGUUGGAGAAGAUAAGCCGCCGCGAGCUGAGAUCGCAACCGCAAGAGGAUCGGAGCGCGAACGGGGAACAUGGCGAUGAAGCCGACGGCAACUGGGCGGCUCAGAGAUGGCCCGAGUCUGAGACCGCCAGUCUUGUCAGGAUCAGGAGAAGCAUGGAGGCGGAGUUCGGAGAGGGUGGGAGCGGUAAGGUCGGCCUGUGGGGGGAGGUCUCGGCCGCCAUGGCUUGCUUGGGGACCAACCGGAGUGCGAAGGGGUGCAAGGAGAAGUGGGACGACGUCAACAAGCGCUCGAGGAAAGCCAAGGAGAGCCAGAAGAAGCGGAGGAGAAGUGGCUUGACGAACAAGCACGGCGAAGGUUCGUGCAGCGAGCCAAGUGGCUGCCACGAGGAGGGAGAGCAAGGAUCGGACGUGGCGGGGGGUUUUGCGCUUGCUGAUGGUCCUGCAUCUCCUCCGGAUUUCGAUGGUGGAGUCAAUGGAGUCAACGAGAUAUCUUUCUUGUUCUCGGUGGGCGAAGAUGAGAGCCUGUGGGCGAACAACGGUGGUGUGAGGAAUACAGGUGGAUGAAUUUGAUGUAUUUGCGCCCAAAGAACAACGCCUUUCUGCGAAAUCAGUAACCCAAAAAACGUUCACUCAUAAAUAUAAAUUUUUAGUAUACUAUUA